AUGGCUCCAAAGACCGAGAAGAAGUCGCGCAGCACCAUCAACGAGGUUGUCACCCGUGAGUACACCAUCCAUAUCCACCGUCGCAUCAAGGGCAUGUAAGUUUUUUUUCUAUCUUUCUUUCAAUGCUAACACGUGCUCCACCUGGAAGCGGUGUGUUGGCCCACGCCAGUCGCUGCAGCUCUUCUAUGAGCAGGUUCUAGCCCGGACCGUAGUGGCUGGACUAACGGAGCUUUCGGCCUCGUCUUGGGUGAGUGGCUCUCUCCUGAGACGCCACACAUUUCUCACUCGAGAAUUGUGUGGAGACACAAGGGGCAUCCUCCAAUUUCUGUGUUUUGGUCAAAUCUCACUAGAGGUACAUUCAUUGUCAUUGUCAUAGGGUUGAAAUUGAUUAAAAUAUUUUUCAGUGGAGCCAAGAAGCGUGCCCCACGCGCCAUUGACGAGAUCAAGAAGUUCGCCAAGAUCCAGAUGAAGACUGAGGAUGUCAGAGUCGACACCAAGCUGAACAAGUUCAUCUGGUCCAAGGGAAUCAAGUGAGUUUAAUUUUUCAUUUUGAUUCCACUUUAUAAAUAAUCAUUUUUCCAGGAACGUCCCAUACAGAGUUCGUGUCCGUCUCUCCCGCCGUCGUAACGAGGAUGAGGACUCCGCUCACAAGCUGUACACCCUCUGCACCUAUGUUCCAUGCACCAACUUCCACACUCUCACCAACGUCAACGUCGAUAGUGAGGAAUAA